UUCAACCGUGGGGGGAAAGACAGCGCCGAGCGGCGUUCCAACUUUUCUUAACCGUGCUGUUUAUCGGAAGUGUGUCGGCACACAGCCCCGUGAGUAACGGUGACUCGCAAUUGUUAAAAACCUGUCUUGCCGCGAGCGCUCAGAUAGUUCUGCGUCUUCGCAGGUGAGUGAUUGUACAAGCCUGCGCGUGACUCAACCCCCUUCUGCGCGAGACCGUCCUGUACCAGCUUUUAGGUUUCAAAACAUUUACGCAUGGGCUGUGUAGCUUGUGUCCAAUUACCUCAUCAGUCCACCACCACCGCGACCUCAUAUACCCACCCCGGCUCAGAUAUGGGAGUAGAAGAAAAACUUAUGCUGAGACAGAUGUCCGUAGACAACUUCCCGCUCUGCACGCGCGCGGACAUAUUAGAACCAAUGGACGAACACCCCCCCAAAGACGCGAGGAAACCAAGAAGGUAUUGCUAUAACAUUAAGCUGUUCGUACUGUGCCACGGCCUCCUGCAGUUCUCUCAGCUGCUGUACAGCGCUUACUUCAAGAGCACCAUCACCACAAUCGAGAGACGCUAUGGCCUCAGCAGCUACUCCUCGGGAACCAUUUCCUCUCUCAACGAGGUCAGUAACAGCAUCCUGAUCGUCUUUGUGAGCUAUUUUGGAAAUCGGGUUCACCGUCCUCGCUUCAUUGGAAUCGGUGGACUGCUGAUGGCUGUCAGUGCCAUGAUCCUUACUCUACCUCACUUCCUGUCCCAGCCCUACGAAUACGACUCUGUGCUACACAACCGUCAUGACAUUUGCAUCCUUCAGGGCAACUCCAGCACGACAGAGUCUUGUGGCCGUGAUGAGACCAGGCGGCUCACUGACACCAACAACCUGCUGCUGCUCAUGGCCAGCGCUCAGCUGCUCUUCGGCGUUGGAUCCGUCCCCAUCCAGCCCUUUGGGAUUUCCUACAUAGAUGAUUUUGCUGGACCAAAUAACUCCCCCCUCUACAUCGCCAUACUGUUUGCCAUUUCUGUGUUUGGGCCUGCCAUUGGUUAUCUGCUGGGCUCAGUCAUGCUGCGGAUCUACGUGGAUGUGGACAAAAACAACUUGGAAGCAGAACAAGAACUGCGACCAGGAGAUCCGCGCUGGGUCGGGGCCUGGUGGAUAGGCCUCCUCAUCGCCACGGGCUGCUUGGUUCUCACUUCCAUUCCAUAUUUCUUCUUUCCCCGCAUGAUGCCGUCACAAGACAACAAAAAGAAUGCAAGUACAAGCGAAAGUGAGACUGACUCUAAUGAUGAUGACUUCAAGAAGCCAGAUGAAUCUUUGCUUGAUUUCCUUAAAAUGUUUCCUAGAAUGUUUAUACACCUUCUGUCGAGCCCUCUUUUCCUGAUGCUGGUCCUGGCCCAAAGCUGCUUCUCUUCAGUGAUAGCAGGUUUAUCUACAUUCCUCAACAAGUUUCUGGAGCGACAAUAUGGAUCCUCUGUGGCAUACAGCAGCCUGCUUGUAGGAGCUGUAAAUCUUCCAGCGGUGGCUGUGGGGAUGUUGAUUGGUGGGGUCAUCAUGAAAAGGCUCGGCCUGACUCUAAAGACCAUCCCACGUUUCUCAGUGGCAAUGCUGACCAUUUCCACCCUCCUCUGUAUUCCUCUCUUCUUCAUGGGCUGUCCAACGCAAAAAGUCUCAGAGGUCAAUCACCAAGUUGAUUAUGGGUCCAAGUGUUACACGAACUGCUCGUGCCCCGUCAGCGCCUUCAACCCCGUGUGCGGCUCUGAUGGUGUGGAGUACAUUUCACCCUGCCAUGCGGGCUGCACCAACUUCACCAGAUAUCCUAACAACUCACACCGGGUUCAGAUUUAUACCAACUGCAGGUGUAUACAGGGGGAUAAUACUCACGCCCAACCAGCUCCUUGUGCAAACAGCUGCCGCCAUUUCCUCCUCCCCGUCAUACUUGUCAUCUCUCUAGCAUCUCUGAUCGCCUGCAUUACUCAUAACCCAACGUACAUGAUGGUGCUUAGAUGUGUUCCCCCAGAUGAAAAGUCAUUUGCCAUAGGAAUUCAGUUCUUACUAAUAAGAGUUUUGGCCUGGCUACCAGCCCCUGCUUUCUUUGGCAUGGCCAUUGAUUCGUCUUGUCUACGGUGGAAAGAAGUUUGUGGAAAGGUGUCCAGCUGUGGUUACUACGACAACAACAUUUUCCGCAGCCGGUACUUGGGUCUACAGGUGUGUUAUAAGGUCAUGGGACUUAUCCUGCUGAUUCUUCUGUGCUGGAAGGUGCAGCGGACUGAUGAGUACAGUCUGGAAAAAAAGCCUGAAGGACUACUGUGAUCCUGCUGAUAUUUUCCUCCUGAUCCGAGCCUCUAACAGCCUCUCUGUGGCCGGAGUGUAUUCUGAGCAAAGCUGCCUGAAUGAGAGGAAUCUAUAAUCAUGGCGAGUCUAAGGUGACCUCAAUUUUCUGCGAGUGAAGUUUCCUGCCAUGCACAACGAGCUUGUUGGAGUGAAGCUAUUUUCUCAUAUAUGUGGAUACAUAAUGUUUUUUCUGAUGUGGAAUGAAAACAUAUUACUUAAUGAAGGCAGGAAUGCUGAAAUUGUUAUAAUGUGUAGCAUUAGUACCUCACGAUAUUAACAUACAUCCACAAAAUGAGUCAGAUUGAUGAUGAUAAGUACCUUUAUGUAACAUUUAUUUAGGUUUCUGUUUGCAUUAGGAACGCGUCUGUAACUAAUUACCUGUAUAACUUAAUAUUUAAGUUGUUUUUUUUUAGACUUUUGUCUUGGGGUUCUUUCUGUGUGGAAUUUGGUAUAUGUGAGUUCUCCCCAGUACACUAAUAAUUUAGAUUCUAAAUUGACUAUUGCAGUAAAUGAGAGUGUGCACUCCUCCCAAACCCCACUAUGAAUAAGCAGUUAUUUAAAAAAAAGAAUAAAUGUUCAUUUAAUUGAUAAUCACAUGUAACACUUUCAUUUGAAUGCUAAUGAUGUUUUAAAUACAAUGUUACUCCUAUUUUUUAAUAAAACAGUGUA